AGGAGAGCACGUGGCCUUACGACGAGCAGAUUUUAGUUUCUCCUGAGUGCAGGCAAAGCGCGUCUGGUGGAACGUGGUACGAACCACGCAACGCUUAGCGGCGACGGAAGGCAAACAUGAGUCUCUUCUUGUGGUUAGAAAUGUAAGAAGCCAUUUUCCCUCUUCUUUUCUACUGCAUCUGCAGACUGCAGCGACCCAAGCAAAGCGAGUCCUCUCCCAUUCUUUCCUUCCUGUCCGGCGAUCCGUCAUGAUGCGGCGAGCCUUGAGAGAGAAUGGGGCCGCUGCUGUCUCCAAGGCCGCCAUCUCCUCCACACUAGUCGCUGUGGUAUCGGCGACGUUGAGCCUGGAAACCAAACUCAUGGCCCUGGCACUGGCAUUGGGCGGCCUCUACCUGCUCCAGCGUGUCCUGGUGGGAAAGCGCCGUCGCUCGGGGCACUGGCUCGUCCAGUAUGGUGCGAUGGCGGCCUACUAUCUUCCCGUUCCUCUCGUGUUUUACGCUACCAAAGCUGUGUCCUCCACCUCCCACUCCCACCACAUCCAUGAAGAUACCCCUUCGCUCGUGGUCGGCGUCUUCUACAUGUUUCGCUUGAGCCUUCCAUCAUUUCAAGAGGUCGUUGCACCGCUUGUCACCAACAUGAGAGCCUAUUCUCUCCACGACCGCCCACAAGAUGGUUACAAUUAUCUCAUGUGGCUACUCUUCCUUGGUUGGGUAGAUUGGGGAAUUAUUCUAGAUUGGGCUCGGUGCUGUCGGCGGCGAGUACUGUACCGACUUGUGCAGAUGGGUCUAGAUUUUUUCUUGACCUUGUUCACUCUAUUUGCUCAUACAUCAGAAUCCACCUUGGAUUGCCAGACCAAAGCAGUCGCUGACUACAUGAAGCGGGAGUCCAGCAAAUCGUCGUCAACCUCAACGACCUCACCAUUUUUUGAUGAAGAUGAUGAUGCUAACAGUAACAGCAGUCUGAAGCUGCUAGAUUGUUGCAGAUAUCCCUUUGUGCAGAGGGGAAAUGGGGAAUGGGCCACUGUCAAAGAUUUGGUGCAGCGAGAUGACCUGCCGAAUGAGGACAAGGACAUUUGGCUCUCCUACAGCUUGUGCCGGCUUUUGGCAAGGCGCUACUAUGGGUUCCACUGCGCAGAAGAAGGAGAUGACAAGGUGCGCUGUCUUGCGCUGGCGGACCUGACAAGAGCAGAUGGCUACAAGAGGGUAUUCACCAUUGGUGAGGUGCAGUUGGCUUUCCUUCACGAUUACUUCUUCACCGCCUCCCUCCCAAUCAUAGAAUCAGGAUUGAAGUACAUUGACGUUGCACAACAGUUUUUGGGUGAAUUCUAUGUGAUCAUUUCAAUCUUCUCUAGUGGCAUUCCACUCGUGAUUGCAACGUUUAUGUCAUUGUGUUCACUAUUUGAGAACCCAAUGUCGUUGCUGGUUAAAAAUCUUGUGGCCAUCUAUUGGCGUCCAAUACACACUGCUUUUCGAAAACUCAAUGAUCUCCCCAACCACCCCCGCCUCAUCAUCAUCCGCUUUAGGCCUAAUCCUAAUGUGCAGGAUGUUUUUGACCCGUUUCAAGCUCAAACUGGUGGUGCUUACUGGAGGAACAAAAUAGGCCAAUACUCAAUUCUCCAAGACUACGACCGUCGUCGCUCUCCCAAGAAGGCUCUUGUAGCCUGGUUCCACAGAAUUGUGCUAUCCCAACCGUCAUAUAGGUUCAUCAAGCAUCUCCCAGUAGAAGAAGACCAGGUCGACAUGCUAGAGCUGGACAACAUGAGAGAGUUGGUUGCCAAUACUCUCCGGGAUAUAGAUGGCCCACCAACAAACGGCACCAGGUCUCUCAAGAUAAACAUGGGCAAGAUAAACAGGGCUACGAGAAACAGGGACAGUCCUGGUUAUGACUGGUUAUGGACCUGCAAGCAAGAAACUCAUACGGACGCCAUCCUCAUAUGGCACAUAGCAACCUGCUACUGUGACAUGACACCAAUAAGUGAUGACCCAUUGGUAAAAUGGCAUCAUGAAGUAGCCAAAGCAUUGUCAAGAUAUUGUGCCUACCUGGUGGCCUUUCUUCCGGAGUUCCUCCCGGAGCAUAGCCUGACCACAAAACAAGUGUUUCAAAGAGUCUUGCAGGAAGCACAGCAAGAACUAGGAGAAAAACCAAUGAAGGAGGAAGAAAAGCGCACCAAGAUCCGAGGGUUACAGCUACCUGACCAACAUGAACAGCGGACGACCUUUCACAAGGGUAUCGACCUAGGACGGCAACUGGAGAUGCUCAGCGAUGACAACCUACGCUGGAAGGUCAUGGCAGAGUUCUGGGCAGAGAUGAUCCUGUACAUCGCGCCGUCCGACAACGCGGAGGCACACAUCGCGCACCUGGCCAAAGGUGGGGAGUUCAUCACGCACCUCUGGGCCAUGCUCUCCAAUGCCGGCAUCCUGAAGCGGGCAACAGGGGAAUGGCAUCUGCCGCAUGCUUCCACUACCAAAAGAGGAACACCAAAGAAGAUAGAGACCACCAAAGCAAGAACUCAGGAAUGUCCCUUUUAAUGAUGAAGCUUCAACAUCCUCCAUGCCUUCUCCACCAAUUAAUGUUAGCAAUUCUACACUUGUUUUCUAUGAUCAUUUGUUCUAUGCA